CUCAGCGCAAGCUCCCCGGGAAGGCGGCGCGGCCCCGGACCCGGGGACGGCACCGCCUCCUUCCUCCUCUCUGUCCCAGAGGCAGGCACUGAGACUCCCGGCUGAGUCGCAGAGACACCCGCACCAUGUCUCGGGGUCCGGAGGAAGUGAGCAAGCUCACCGAAAACACCUACCGAAAUGUAGUGGAGCAGUUCAAUCCUGGGCUACGGAACUUAAUAAACCUAGGGAAAAACUACGAGAAAGCUGUUAAUGCUAUGAUAGUGGCAGGAAGAGCCUACUAUGAUGGUGUAGCAAAGAUUGGAGAAAUAGCUACUGGUUCUCCUGUCUCCACUGAGUUGGGACACGUUCUUAUAGAGAUUUCAAAUACACACAAGAAACUCAAUGACAGUCUUGAUGAAAACUUCAAAAAAUUCCACAAAGAAAUUAUACGUGAAUUGGAGAAGAAGACAGAACUUGACGUCAAAUACAUGAAUGCAACUCUAAAGAGAUACCAAACAGAACACAGAAGUAAAUUAGAUUCUUUGGAAAAAUCUCAGGCGGAGUUGAAAAAGAUUAGAAGGAAAAGUCAAGGUGGAAGAAAUGCCCUAAAGUAUGAACACAAAGAAAUCGAGUAUGUGGAAACUGUAACCUCUCGUCAGAGCGAUAUCCAAAAAUUUAUUGCAGAUGGCUGCAAAGAAGCUCUCCUUGAAGAAAAAAGGCGAUUCUGCUUUCUGGUUGACAAACACUGCUCUUUUGCUAAUCACAUAAAUUACUAUCACCUACAGUCUGCAGAAUUACUCAAUUCUAAACUACCUAAAUGGCAGGAAACUUGUGGUGAUGCCACCAAAGUGCCAGAGAAGAUCAUGAAUAUGAUAGAAGAAAUAAAGACACCAGGUUCCACCCCAGUAUCAGGAACUCCUCAACCUUCACCAAUGAUAGAAAGAAGCAGUCUGGUCGGGAAAGAUUAUGCCACUCUCCCUAAACAUUCACCGAAGAUGCCCCCCGUUUCUUCGGCCAAAGCGUAUGCCAGUCCUCUGGUUGAUAUGUUUAAUAACCCAGCAACCAUCCCAAAGACUUCAGAAAGGUUAAAUGAUACAGCUGAUAAUUCAGAGGAUCCCAGUUUACAGCGAUCUAUUUCUGUGGCAACGGGAUUAAACAUGAUUAAAAGGCAGAAAGUAAAAACAAUCUUCCCACAUACUGCUGGAAGUAACAAGACAUUGCUUAGUUUUGCACAGGGAGACAUCAUCACAUUGCUCAUCCCAGAGGAAAAAGAUGGCUGGCUCUAUGGAGAACAUGACCAAACUAAAGCGAGGGGCUGGUUUCCAUUAUCAUAUACAAAGUCACUGGAAGAAAAUGAAGAAGAAACACUAAAUGUGCCAACUCCCAGCCCUGCACCUGUUAGAAGCAUCAGUACAGUGAACUUAGCAGAAAAAAGUAAUGUUGUCAUCCCACCUCCUGAUUAUCUAGAAUGUUUGUCUAGAGUUGCUGCUGCAGACAGAAGAAUAGAUACUUCUUUGAAAGGUUCUACAUUUAAGCCACCAGCACCCAAACCAGAAAUCACAACUCCUAAGCCAGAUACAAAUGGAAUAGCAAAGCCUCCUUUUCUAAGUGGAGAAAAUCCUUUUGCUACUGUGAAACUCCGACCAACGGUGACAAAUGACAGGUCAGCACCAAUAAUUCGAUGAAUGAGUCAAGAAAAUAAUACCCAUCGUUAUUCCUCAUGUAAACUACAUGUUCAAUAUUAUGAUUAUCUUGUUUAACAUCUGCUUUCAUUGUAUAGGAAUGGAAGAUAACACAGGUUUUUCCAGUUUUCAAUGAAUCUGUUAAAUUAAGGAAAUCAUAAUUGCUCAUAAGAUUUGAGAGUGAGCUCACUUCUGUCUUUAAGUGAACAUAUUAUAUUGUAAUAACCACCAUAAUUAAUAACUUAAAUGUUUUCUUGUUCAUCUGUUUGGCAAACCAAUAGACUGUUCCAUUGAUUCUCUGGGGAUUGUAGCAUUCUAUUUUUUAAAUGCAUAAUUUUAUAGAAAUAAAUUGUCUUUGCUUUCAUGCUCUCUGUAUCCAGAUGCAGAAAUGAUUCUUUUGCUUUAAGGUUAAACAUGUGCUAUAUGAGCAAUGGAACUGUAAUAUUUCAUGGUUUUGCAUCAUGCACAGAUAAGUUAUUUGUGCUUAGAUUAAGAUACCAUCUCAAAUUGUAAAGUCUGUUAGUUUUUUUAACUUAAAUUUUUAUUUUUUAAAAUCAAAGCAUACAAAUCCCAAAUACAGAACUGUAAAGGGGAAUCCACCUCCCUUCUGUAAUAAUCAUAUUCAGUCUUGGGAGAAAUCAUCACACAUACAAUCUUUAGAACCUUUCUUCCUAAGAAAUUACUUCUAAAACUAUUGAAUAUUGGGUUGUACUCCAAAUUAUAAACAAAAUUUCAAAAUACAAUGUAGGAUGCAUUUUGGGAUUCUUGUACUAUACCAUGUCAAAUAAAACCUACAAUGAUGUACAAAAAACUGCCACAGUUUAA